CUUCAUCACGCGGCGCUCACAUCUUCCAGCCGGAGCUCUGCUCCUCUCUCUUCCUCACUGUUCACGCGCGUCCCCAGCUCCUAUGCCGCGCCCGGCCUGCUCCUCUUCCUCUGCCGCACGCCAUGGAACUCUCUGCGUCGCACCCUUGUCUUCAGCCCGGCGCUCAUCUCUCUACUCGUCUUCUCCCUGCUGUGCGCGCCGGCUCCCUGCACGCAGCCGGGCCACGCGGCUCUCUGGUGCUCGCCCCUAGCCCCAGCCGUUCCUCCUCCUGUAGCUCGACCCUGCGCGUUGUGGUCUCCCUCCUCCAAGCUCCCAUGGCGUCCGACUCUGCUCUCCCAUGCAGCAGCGAUCCACCACGCACUCCUCCUUCCUCCUCCUCGCCGCGCUCUGCUGCCCAGCUACUUGAUGCGCGCGCGGUUCUCUGCUCCCCUGCGCGCAGACUUCUUCUGCUAGCUCGCCCUAACGCCGGCUCGGCCUCUCCUAUGGCGUCCGGCGCUUUUAUCGAGCUCCAUCUCUCAUCCACCCUCCCUGUGCCAGCUCGAUGGCCAUGACUCGUCCUGGAAGCUAUCUGUCGAGCCUAUCUUCUCCUUGCUACAGUGUUCGUCGGCGUCAAGCACCUGUGCCCCGGUCUUCUAAUUCGGCUGCAUGCCCUCCGAUUCGAUUUCGGUAGCUGACCACUGUCGCAUAUGUCCUGGGCCGUUCCUUCUCGUCUUCCUUUCAAGAUGACGCCACGCUCCUUCCUAUUCAUCGCAGUCUAGCUCGAAGUGUGUUGCCGGAGCCCCUCACGUUCAUUGUAGAUGUCGAGACGUCGGUCGUCAAGAUCUGCUCAGUCGUCGUUCUCCUUUGUGCUCGCUAUCCGUCGCGACGUCCCAAAUCUGUCGCGCCAUACUCGGAUCUCGCCAAUCGCAUCUUGGCCGGUCGUCGAUUUCCUAUACGUCAGGGUACAACUCUGUUGUUAAAUCCGGUCUCCAACCCACCAUGGCGUUCGUCGUCCUCUGGUCCCAAUCUGACCCAUCCGUGCACUCGCUCCUCAUCCAUCAGGCUUCGCGCGUGCUCACGUUUGCCAUCGAGCUAUUGAACCCAUCCUCCCUUGCUCGUGACUUCAUCGUUGCCAGAGUCCUCACUGAAUUCUUGUCCUCUCCAGCUCACUCCAGACUCGAUCUCGUCGUCGUUCUGUGCGUCGUCAAGAAAUCCCAAGCGUCAGGUGAAGACGAAGCUAGCCGGAUGAUAUUCAUCAAGUGCUCGACAAAAGCUCGAACAAGUCGCCGAUCAUCAUCCUCGUCUACGCCAAGCUCUGAGAAGAUUAGGCGCAGAGGAAAAUAAAUCAGUACAUGGCCAGAGAAUUCUCGAUGUGGACAAAGAAGAAGCACAAUUCGACGCAGCACUCACCCUAUUUUCGGUGAAAUGUUGAGCUGAAAGGCGUCGUCAAUUUCGUGGUUUCAAGUCGCAUGUCAUAAGGGUAAGUUGAUUCGUAUUCUAGUCAACUAGGUCUAUAAAUAGAUUAAAUAGAAGUGUUGGUCACAACAAAUGUUAUUAAUUUAGCAUGCGUAUAUGGUGAUGAUCGAUUU